AUGCUGCGUGACAUCGACAAUAUGCAACUGACCUGGCUAGCAGUUGGAGCAGCAAUCGUUGUCAUUUUCCUCCACCUGCUCACCACCUGGUGGCAUCUAAGACACAUCCCGGGACCAUUCCUCGCUAGCAUUACCAACCUCCAAAGAGUCUGGUGGGUAAAAACUGGCCGCGCUCAUCUUUAUCACCAGGCGGUCCACGCCAAAUAUGGAGAAGUCGUACGCAUUGGACCUCACCUAGUUUCCUUCAGCAAUCCUGAGGCCAUUCCGACAGUUUACCCCAUUCGCCCUGGGUUCCCUAAGAGUGACUUUUACGCCACACUCCGUCCCUAUACCCGAGAGCGCGGCUCCAUGCUCGCUGUAUUCAAUACACAGAAUGAGCAGAUACACAAGCAAAUCAAAAGUCCCAUUGCACCGCUCUUCUCCCUCUCCAAUAUGGUCAUGUUUGAGAGUCUGGUCGACGAAGUAUUGGCAUGUCUCUCAGAGCAAUUUGACACUCGCUUCGCGGGUACAGGUGAGACAUUCGACUUCGGCGAAUGGCUGCAGUAUUUCGCAUUUGAUGUGAUGGGAACUAUGUCCUUUUCGAGAAGAUAUGGUUUUCUUGAGCAAGGUCGUGAUGUGAAUGGGAUGUUGGAUGCGAUAUUUCGGUUUAUGAAGACGGCCGCACCGAUGUCACAAAUUCCCUGGGUCGAUCCUUGGAUCUACAAGAAUAGAUUUGUCAAUCGCCUCCGCAGGACACCUGCAAUGUCCAUCCUGGGGUUUGUUGAUAGCGUGAUUCGCGAACGAUUAGACAACCCAGACCAUGUCAAGCGCGAUAGUCACAGGGACUUUCUAUCUCGCUUUCUGGAGAUCCAGGAGGCAAAUUCGAGUGUGCCACCGUGGGCCUCAACCGCCUGGACAUUCUCAAAUGUCAUCGCUGGCUCAGACUCUGUCGGAACCGUGAUGCGGACUGUUAUGUGUCCCAAUUAUCACAAUCACAUUUCUCAAUGCCGCCCACCAGCAUUACUAAAUGCAAUAGAUAAUCUUCUUACCCACCCCGCCACCCUCCAAGCCCUAUCCAGUGAACUCAUAGCAGCGAAUCUCACCCUCCCCUACCCUAAAUGGAACGAAGUCUGCGACCUCCCUUAUCUCGAUGCUUGUAUUCAAGAAGCUGUCCGUCUGCACCCCCCUUUCGCACUUCCCCUCGAGCGUGUUGUCCCUGCUGGCGGUGUCACAGUCCUGAAUCACUAUCUGCCUGAAGGAACUUUAGUCGGUGGGAACCCCUACGUGGUAAAUCGACAUGCGGAAACAUUCGGGCCCGAUGUCGAGGAGUGGAGGCCUGGGAGAUGGCUUGAAGGGGAAGGGCGGAAGAGGCUCGAGCAGAGCGUUCUUACGUUUGGUGCCGGACGGCGUGUCUGUCUUGGCAAGUAUAUUGGGAUACUUGAACUGAAAAAAUUAGUUCCCUUCUUGGUGUUAAAAUACGAUAUGAAGAUCAUUGAUCCGGAGAGGUUUUCGGUGGAGAACGGCUUUUUCUUCAAGCAGCGCGAGUUUUAUUGCACUAUUACGAGACUGAAGGAGGGAUCAGACCGGGGCAAGGCGGAUUCCAAUAAUACACGCCUCUACCUAAAGCCCGGGGCUUUCUACGAGCCAGCCAUCCCAAGUAAGGGACCGCGCGUGCCCUCCUACUGCUUCCUCCUCUCGCACGGCGACCGGCACCUUGUUUUUGACUUGGGUGUGCGCAUCGACUGGCAGAAUUAUGCGCCCCAGGUUGUGCGGCUCCUCACCAUCACCACGGAGAUAACGUCAUGCGACAGGGACGUCGCAUCAGUGCUCGAUAGCGACACGAGUGGGUUGAACAUUCGCAGUUCCGACAUUGAGGCCAUCGUGUGGUCCCACAACCAUUUCGACCAUACAGGCGACCCGUCCCGCUUCCCGACCAGUACCCAGCUCAUUGUCGGUCCCGGCGUCAAAAAAGGCUCCUGGCCCGGCUACCCAUCCCGUCCCGAUGGUACUGUCCUGGACAGUGACGCCGUGGGUCGUGAGAUUCGUGAAAUAAACUUUGACAACACGAGCCUCCGCAUCGGCCGCUUCGACGCUUUCGACUAUUUUGGUGAUGGCUCCUUCUACCUUCUAGACGCUCUAGGCUAUACUGCGGGACAUAUGUGUGCCCUUGCCCGCACGACAGCCUAUCCGCCCUCGUUUGUCUUCAUGGGCGCUGACGCCUGCCAUCACCCGGGCGUAUUGCGGCCGUCGCGGUACCUUCCUCUUCCGCGGCCACGGUCUGGGGGAGAUCCAGUGGGUUGCGGCGGAUGUCCAGGAGAUCUGCUGAUGCAGUUGGCAUCGUGGAAGAGCCCCAGUGAGCCCUUCUACCACCUGGCCCGUGGGCAGUUCUUCCCUGAUUAUGCUGCAGCUACCGAGACAGUGGCUAAAAUCCAAGAAUUAGAUGCUGCCGGUAACGUGCUAGUUCUUCUUGCUCAUGAUAACUCGCUAGAAGAACACCUGCCGUUGUUUCCGCAGUUAGUGAAUGACUGGCUAGUGCGAGGGCUGCGGGACAGCACGAUAUGGUCAUUCUGCAAGGCAAUCGCCCAUGAUCAAUGGGUUUAG